AUGUCGUCCACCAGCAACGCCUCCAUUGACAAGUUCAACGGAGACAAUUACGCAACGUGGAGCCGGUACAUGCGCGGUGUGUUUUUGACGAAGUCCGUCUGGCACGUUGUCAACCGUGAAGUGACUCCGACUUUCACCGACCCGCGAGCGUCCGAUGACUACGUCAAGGCAAGCAACGUCGCGUUUGGUAUGAUGCUGCUGCACAUGAACGCGGACUACCAUCAUGUGCUGGACAACUGCGAGGAAGCCUGGGUUGCGUGGACAAGUCUGAAGACGCUGUACGGUGGGUCGCAGAAGGCAGGACGCAUCUACCUCAAGCGACAACUUUUCAGUAUCAAGAUGGCUGAAGGCGCGAACGUCAUGCAUCACUGCAACGAGGUCCUCAACAUCUCCGCCAAGCUUAGCGGCAUCGGUGCGAAGAUGGAAGAUGAAGACGUUGCAAUUUGUCUGCUACUCAGUCUUCCGAAGAGCUACGAAAAUGUGGUGCUCAACAUGGAAAUGAGCAGCACCGAGCUUCGCACUCAAGAUGUGGUGAGAGUCCUGACGAAUGAGCAUGCCAAGCGUCAAGGAGAAAAAGGGACAACGACAGCGACUACGGUGAAGGCUGAAGAUGCAAGCAAGGCAUUCAGCGCCGAGCGUGAGCCCUACCAAUGCACGUAUUGUGGCAAGGUGGGACACACGGUGGAUCGUUGCUGGACAAAGCAGAAGAACGAAGGUCGGGGAGCCCGACGCGGCGGCAAUGGUCGUGGACGCGGGGCUAACAAUGUCCAGUGGGGACAUCAUGAUGAAGGCAAUGGCUACGAUCGAGUGGCGUUUGCAGUCUCGUUCGAAUGUGGAGUUUCGACGAGCAAGGACGUGUCUGGAAUGUGGGCCGUCGACAGUGGUGCAACGCACCACAUUUGCCACGACAAGACCAAGUUCGCAAGUUUGGCAGAGCGCAAUGAGGGCGAACUCUUGGUGGCUGAUGGCAACAAGGUGGCCAUCAAGGGUGUGGGAACCAUCAUGGAAAAGGUGGUUCUGCCCAACGGUGAAGAGCGUGAGAUCGAAAUCAAGAACGCGCUAUAUGUUCCAAGUAUGAGCAAGAACCUGCUCUCGGUGCCACAGAUUAACAGCCAUGGCAAGUUUCAAGUCGUGUUUGACGGGUCCAAGAUGUAUGUGACUCUCAAGAACUCACAGCAAGUGGUGGCGACAGCGGAUCUCGUGGAUGGACUCUACUGGCUUCGGACGACUCAACGAUCAGCGAAUGUGACAACAAGUGGAACCAGUUGUGCCGAUCUACAUGCGAGAAUGGGUCAUGCUCCAGUCGAUGUACUUCGCAAGAUGAUCGCGACCAACAUGAUCAAGGAUGUGGAAGUCCCUCUCAACAACCGAGACAAGCGCAGCUACGAUACGUUUGAGCUACUUCAUCUGGACAUCUGCGGGCCCAUGGAAAAGGAUUCGCUCGGUGACAGCAAAUAUUUGCUGCUGAUCAUCGACGAAGCCAGUGGAUGCAUGAAGGGCUUUUGUCUACGAGUGAAGUCCGAGAGUGAAGACUACAUCCGGAAAUAUAUCACCAUGGUACAGACGCAAUUCUGUAAGAAGGUCAAGUUCGUGCGACACGACGGAGCUCGCGAGUUUGCAACCAACUCGCUUCAACUGUUCUACGACGACGAAGGCAUUGAACAGCAGACGACGGUGCCCAUGCUUCACCAUGCCAAGUUGGACAAGUGCUUCUGGGCUGAAUUAGCAAUGACGGUCAUCUACGUCAAGAAUCGCCUUCCGUCACCUAAAGUCGUGCAUAAGACCCCGUUUGAGAUCGUCUACAACUUGAAACCAAGCGUCAAGCACAUGCGAACAUUCGGGUGUCAGACAUACAUACUGACGCCUAAAGAGAAUCGACUCAAGUGGGAUCCAAAGGCUCGCGCUGGCAUAUUCGUGGGCUACGAAGAAGUUUCGAAGGCAUAUCGUGUUUAUGACAUCGAGGCGGGGCAGGUGGUUAUCAGCCGCGAUGUCAACUUCGACGAGUCCACCUUUGGACUUCAACUGCCGAUCACUGAUGAAGAUGUCGAUGACCUGGACUUCGAAUUGCUGGAUCUUGAUGACGAAGAGCUGCGUCAAAUGGAGUACAAGCAAACAGGCAAGCGCAAGAACCGACUCAAUGAUGAAGAUACAGCAGCUCCACGACCGCGUGCAGUGCGUCAACGACCAGGACUAGAAGAGUCAAGCGCGCCGGAAAACAACUCGUCACGACAAGAAGAAGACGAAGAAACGAAGGAUUCUGGUGAUUCAACACCGCCUGUGUUUUGGCGUGCGAGUGCAAAUGCCGUUGAAGCAGCAGUGGACUUAUCAGAACCCUCAACAUUUGAAGCAGCAGUAAGCGGCCCUGACCAAGUGCACUGGAGAAAAGCAAUUCAUGCAGAGCUCGAGUCAAUGCGACUUCGCGGUGUGUUUCGUGCAGCCAAGCUGCCCAACGGACAACGCGCCAUUGGCACAAAAUGGGUGUUCAAGAUCAAGCGCAAGGCGGAUGGGUCAAUCGAGAAGUACAAGGCACGACUUGUGGCCAAGGGUUUCCGACAAAAGUAUGGCAUCGACUACACGGAGACGUUUUCGCCUGUGGUCAAGUAUGUGACGCUGCGAAUGGUGAUCGCAAUUUCCAAGCAUUUUGGAUGGCCCAUCGACCAGCUUGAUGUGGUGACAGCUUUCCUGUAUGGCGUCAUGAAGGAACAAGUGUUCUGCGUGAUUCCUGAAGGCGUCGAACUUGACAGUACGUUCGACUGCCUGGAAUUGGUGAAGUCAAUUUACGGCCUCAAGCAAGCGUCGCGAGUGUGGAACGAGACGUUCGACGAGUAUGUGUGCUCCAUCGGAUUUCAAGUAUCGGACUUCGACCCAUGUCUCUACAUCAAGACUUCGGACGGCCAUUGCGUGUUUAUACUGGUCUACGUGGACGACGUCUUGGUGACUGGAAGCUCACUCGAGCUGAUUGCACAAACCAAGAACGACCUGAAGACGCGGUUCGAAAUGACGGACAGCGGCAAGUGUGCGUUUGUUCUUGGGAUCGAGCUUUUGGACGGUGAAGAUGGCAGUGUGACACUAUGUCAGCGUCGGUAUGUCGAUGAUAUCCUCAAGCGCUUUGGCAUGGAUGAUUGCAAGGCAGUCGCAAGUCCAGUCGACAUGAGCUCUCGACUUGUUUCAAGUGAUGCAACUACCAAGGUCGAUGCUCCUUUUCGCGAAGCUGUUGGUGCGUUGAUGCACCUGACCACUGCAACGCGUCCGGACAUUGCGUUUGCUGUGGGCUAUGUGUCGCGGUUCAUGGAAAAUCCCCAAGAAGAACACUGGGUUGCAGUUAAGCGUAUCUUUCGCUACCUACAAGGCACCAAGACGCAUGGAAUUUGCUACAAGCCAAGUGCAAGGAUCGACUUCCGUGGAUAUUCGGAUGCGGAUUGGGCUGGUGAUCUUACCGACCGCAAGUCAACAUCGGGGUACACGUUCAUGCUACUCGGUGCGCCAGUCAGUUGGGGCAGCAAGAAGCAGCCAAGUGUUUCGUUGUCCACGAGUGAAGCCGAAUACAUCGCACUCAGCUUGGCGAUUCAAGAGGGCAAGUGGAUUCAUCGUCUGCUUUGUGAGAUCGUGAUGGCUGCCAAUGAAGAAGGACCGGAACUCAUGAUCCAUGAAGACAAUCAGUCGUGUAUCAAGAUGACGAAGAACCCAGUCAACCACGGCCGUGCCAAGCACAUUGAUAUCAAGUACCAUCACAUCCGUGAUGAGGUCAAGCGCGGUGAAGUGAAGCUCAAGUACUGUGAAACUGCGGUGAUGUUAGCGGACAUCAUGACGAAGGGACUUCACGGGCCACGCCACAAGGAGAUGACGGCGACUCUCGGGAUUCGUGAGCAUUCGGAUUGA